AGAAAAGAGGAAGUAGAUGUGUUGAUGUACUUUAUUUGUGAAGGGAUUUGAUCGGAUCACAAUGAUAAGAUUAAGUCUUCUGCUUCUCCUACUAUCCCGCCCGGCCUACUCGACGCUGCUGGGAUGGGUGGAGUCUCCAGGGUAUCCCACUGGAUAUGCACCCCAUGCCAGUCUUAACUGGAGCAGGUGUGCCCAUAAGGGUCACACCCUGUCCAUCAAGCUCAUCCACCUGGACAUGGAGGACAGCCAAGACUGUGAAAACGAUGCAGUAAAGGUGUAUUCAAAUGGAAACCUGAUCUCAGUUCUGUGUGGCAAAAGGGAAUUUGAGGAGCUUCAGUCCACCGUCAAUCCCUUUCUCCUCUCCUCCCCGGGCGGCUGCCUCUCUCUUACGUUCCACUCCGACUACUCAAACACCAAAAGGCACACCGGCUUCAGAGGGUUUUAUACCGAUCAAGACUUUGAUGAAUGUAAGGACGACCCUGACAACGGAUGCACCCAGUUCUGUCACAACUACAUCGGAGGAUACCACUGCUCCUGUCGCCAUGGUUACCACCUUGAUGUGGACAAACACACUUGCACAGUGAGUUGUAGUAAAGAUCUGUCAGGGCUGGACAAAGGUGAAAUAUCCAGUCCCUCCUGGCCUGCUUCAUAUGCAGAGAAUGCCAACUGUCAGUACACCCUGUCUGUGGAGGCCACCCUGCAACUGGAGUUGGACUUCGCUGAGGAUUUCGAUGUGGAGCGGAGCCCUGAUGGUCAAUGCAUAGAUGCACUGACGAUUGAGACUCCCUCUGGGAUUCUGGGGCCUUUCUGUGGCGACAAACCUCCCCCGUCUCCCUUUCUUACUCACUCACAUCAUGUCCAAAUCCGCUUCACCUCUGAUGGCUUUGGGACUAACAAAGGCUUCUCUCUCCAGUUCAGGACCAGAGACAAGGUCUGUCCAGCAGUGGUGACCUCACACUCCAUUGUGACUCCUCAGCAACCAGAAUAUCAUGAGGGUGAAACAGUGACAGUAACUUGUGAUCUUGGCUAUGUUGUACAUACUCCAGGCACCCAGACUUUGUCAUCACAGUAUGAGGCGGUGUGUCAGAAUACAGGCGUCUGGACUCCCAAAUACAUCUGUGAACCUGUGGAUUGUGGAUUUCCUGAAAUCCCAGAAGAAAGCAUCCUUCAGUUGGUGGGCUCAGAUAAACAACACACUCAGCUUAAAGACCAGAUUCAUUUUAACUGCAGCUCAACGUACUACACACUGGAAGGAGAUGACUUGUACACUUGCAGUGCCAGUGGUGAAUGGGUGUCAGAUGUAGGCAAGACAGAGAUGCCGAAAUGCAUUGAAGUGUGCGGGAUGCCUGAAAAACACCCUGCAAGCGCAGCCAGAAUUUUGGGAGGUAAGAAUGCAAACAUGGGAGAGAUACCAUGGCACCUUUUGAUUAAAGAGCCGAGUAGAGGAGGAGCAUCGUUGAUCAAUGACCGAUGGGCUGUCACAGCAGCUCACGUCGUGGAAACGGCAGAGGAAACCUCUUUGCGCCUGUUUGGUGGACUGGUAGAUGGAAGAACGACAUCAAAUAGGUUGUCUAAUGCAGUCCAAAUGGAUAGUGAGAGGAUCAUAAUUCAUCCCGACUACAUCAAAGGCAUUCCUCUUGCCGAACGCACCAAUUUUGACAAUGAUAUUGCUCUCAUUAGAUUAGCUUCCAGGGUGAAUUUAGGCCCAAAUCUCAUGCCCAUUUGUCUACCAGAUGUAAACAGGGAAUGGUUGGUAAAUGAGCAAGGCACAGUGUCAGGCUGGGGGAUAACAGAUUCAAAUAAGGGUAAUUUCGUCACAUCUCCUUUGUUAAAAUACGCUCAUAUUGGGGUCUACUCCCUUGCAGAGUGUGAGAAUACACCUAUCAAACCUACAACUAACAAACGCAUGACUUUCACUAAUAACAUGUUCUGUGCUGGAGCACAGGGAAAGGACAGCUGCAAGAGAGACAGUGGAGGUCCGUUUGUUUUCCCUAUGUUGAGUGAAGACAGUGAGCCAUAUCAACUGACGGGCAUUGUCUCCUGGGGACCCCCCUGUCAACAGAGGCAGUACAAGGGUUAUUAUACCAAGGUGGCUCAUUAUGUGGACUGGAUUAAGGAGACAAUAGAUAGAACAGAACAGUCUUAGAGAGAGGAAAGAUGAGGGAGAAAAUACUUUUCUAAUAAACAUAAUAAUGUUAUCAAUUUCAGGAAUGAUUCAGAUCUCUUAAAUAUAAAUGUUUAUGAAAUUAAAGACUACAAUCUUGUAAUCAAAUGUACCAACAUUAAUACCAUAAUGCUGUAAUCACAUUGUUACUUCAUACUUCCCUUUUGUAAUAAAGGAAUUUGCA